GCACGCUGCUGCCACAGCGAGGAGGUAGCUAGACUAGGAGAGGAGAGGAGAGGAGAGGAGAGAGGGGAUGCUAACGAUGUAUGAAUUCAAGUCAGUUUAUUCUGGCAUAUGGAAGAAGAAAGACAUGUAUACUGUGUUACAAACAGAAAGAAGAGGAGGAAACAGCAAUUAUAGAUAGAAAAAAAAUAGUACUACAGUUUAUUUGGGGAAGAUAAACAAAAACAAAAAGAAAUGGGACAUUGUUCUGAAGGACGAUACUUGGGCAUCUUGUUUUUGCUUGGACUCUACACUUCAGGUAUUGCAACGAAAGGAAGUGAAAGUAGCGAUGCCCUACCGGAAUCCAUGCCGUCUGUCCCCGGGACCCUCCCCCACUUCCUGGUGGAGCCAGAAGACGCCUACAUCAUCAAGAGCAAUCCCAUUCACCUGCGAUGUCGCGCCAGGCCGGCCAUGCAGAUCUUCUUCAAGUGUAACGGAGAGUGGGUGCACCAGAAUGAGCAUGUUUCAGAGGAGAGUGUGGACGAGAGCACAGGUCUGAAGAUCCGGGAGGUGCUGAUCAACGUGUCUCGGCAGCAGGUAGAGGAUUUCCACGGUCCUGAGGAUUAUUGGUGCUUGUGCGUGGCCUGGAGCCACCUGGGCACCUCCAAGAGCCGCAAAGCCUCUGUACGCAUCGCCUACCUGCGGAAGAACUUUGAGCAAGACCCUCAAGGCAGUGAAGUGCCUAUUGAAGGGAUGAUUGUGUUGCACUGUCGCCCCCCAGAGGGAGUGCCUGUGGCUGAGGUGGAAUGGCUAAAGAAUGAAGAAUUGGUCAGUUUAUUCAACGACGAUAACAUAGACACCAGGGCUGAUCACAACCUCAUCAUUAAACACGCCCGGCUGUCAGACUCUGGGAACUACACUUGUCUGGCCAGCAACAUCGUGGCCAAAAGGAGGAGCAUGUCUGCUACUGUGGUGGUGUACGUGAACGGGGGCUGGUCAUCGUGGACGGAGUGGUCUGCUUGUAAUGUGCGCUGUGGGAGGGGCUGGCAGAAGCGGUCCCGGACCUGUACCAACCCAGCGCCCCUCAAUGGGGGGGCCUUCUGCGAGGGCAUGUCGGUGCAGAAAAGCACCUGCACUGCCCUCUGUCCAGUGGACGGAAGCUGGGAUGUGUGGAGUGAGUGGUCAGUCUGCAGUCCGGAGUGUGACCGCCAGCGGAGUCGAGACUGCACUGCCCCCUCUCCGAGGCACGGGGGCAAGUCAUGUGAGGGUCCGAGCCAGGAGACAGAGAACUGUACUGAGGGGCUGUGUACACAGAACCGAAAGCUACUUCACAAGGUGAAACCACAGAGUAUUGAGAGCGGCAGUGACGUGGCCCUGUACUCUGGCUUGGCAGCGGGUAUCAUUGCCGUGGCCGUCCUCGUGGUGGCAGUCACGCUGUACCGGAAGAGCCAGAGCGAGUACGGCGUGGACGUCAUCGACUCCUCCGCUCUCACAGGGGGCUUCCAGUCCUUCAACUUCAAAACCGCACGGCAAGGUAAUUCUCUGCUGCUGAACUCAUCCAUGCAGCCUGACCUGGCAGUGAGCCGUACCUACAGUGGAGCGAUCUGCUUUCAGGACCCCAUGGACAAGGAGCUGAUGACCGAGUCCUCCUUGUUCGACCCCUUGCCAGACAUCAAGGUCAAAGUUCAAAGUUCGUUCAUGGUGUCUCUGGGAGUUGCGGACCGAGCCGAGUAUCACGUCAAGGCUCACCCCGAAACCUUCCCCAGGGUGGUCAACAGAGACUGCAACACCCUCAAUGGCAUGAAUGAAACACCGCUGCACCCGAGCCUGUCCACUGUGCCCUCGAAACCCGAGCUCAGAACAGUUGGCAUAUUCGGGCAUCUGGGUGGACGGCUGGUGGUCCCCAAUACAGGAGUGAGUCUGCUGGUACCCCAUGGGGCGAUUUCGGAGGAUACUCCCUGGGAAAUGUACAUGAUCGUUAAUCAAGAGCACUCAAGCGUGCAGCCAGAGGAGGGCUCAGAAAUUCUGCUAGGCCCAGAGGUGACCUAUGGCCCGCCUGACCUGGCUUUGUCCAGUCCGGUUGCCAUGACGAUAGCCCACUGUGCAGAGGUCAACAUGGAGCACUGGAGCAUCCGGCUCAAGAGGCAGGUCGAACAGGACAAGUGGGAGGAAGUGAUGUCGGUGGAUGACGAGUCGACAGGCUGUUACUGCCUCAUAGACUCUCACAGCUGCCUCCUCUUGCUGGAGCAGCCUGGCACCUACGCCCUGGUGGGUGAGCCCCUGACAGAGGCUGCGGUCAAGCGUCUGAAGCUGGCCGCGUUCGGGAGCAUGUCCUGCAAUGCGCUGGACUACAGCCUGCGAGUGUACUGUGUAGACGACACGCCACACGCCUUUCAGGAAGUGGUAACCAAUGAAAAAAGCAGAGGAGGACAGUUACUGGAGGAGCCGAAAACGUUACUGUUCAAAGGAAACACCUUCAGUCUUCAGGUCUCCAUCCAAGACAUCCCCCAGUUCCUCUGGAGCAUCAAGCCCUUCACAACAUGUCAGGAAUUUCCCUUCUCUCAAGUCUGGUGCAGCAACCAGCAGCCUCUGCACUGUGCCUUCUCUUUAGAGCGAUACAGUCCUGCCACCACACAGCUCUCCUGCAAAAUCAGCGUCCGGCAGGUCAAAGGGCACGAGCAGAUCCUUCAGGUCUACACGUCUGUAGUAGAGAGUGAAAAGGAAAGCAUUCCGUUCUUCAUGCAGGCUGACUGUACCGUGACCUCUCAGACUGGACCCAAGGCCUUCAAAAUCCCCUUCUCCAUCAGGCAGAGAAUCUGUGCCACCUUCGACACUGCCAACGCCAAAGGCAAAGACUGGCAGCUUUUAGCACAGAAACUCCACAUCGAGAGCAAUCUGGCCUACUUUGCCAAGCAGAAGAGCCCAUCCGCGGUUAUCCUAAACCUAUGGGAGGCCCAGCACCAGGAUACUGGAGAUCUGGACUCACUGGCAAGCGCUCUAGAAGAAAUUGGCAAAAUCCAUUCCAAAAGCCCAGACGGAAAUGAGGGUCAAUCUGAAAACACAGACUUGAGCUAUGCAGCAUAGCCAAAAUCAAAAGAAAGCCACAGCGGACUCCAGAAGCUAUCACUACAGCAGUGUCUGCCAAGUGCACGCUUCCAUCGAUUCCAGAGGAAUACAAUUCUAGGAGUCACAGGGAGGGGGGAGAAGGAAAAUCUUUGAAUGGGACACAAAAAUGAUGUUUUCUGUCAGAUCAGGAGCGUUUCAGAGCCAGUCAUAGGAAUAGCUUGGAACAGUUGACACCAGAAUGUUAUAUAGUCAAGUCUUGUCUAUAGAUUUCUGUGAUUUUUUUUUUCUUCUUAUCCAAAUAAGCUACUUGGGUACUUGUAUGUGUUUAGGUCCCAGGGGCUACAGCUAUUCGCUUGACUAUUCUACUGAAGACCACCAUGUGUUGUCAUUGCUGGGAAGAAAUAUCAAGCACACGGCACAGUGUGUUUUUGCACCAACACCAAUGCUGGUCACUGACCUCACAAACACAACAUCUGGCUUUCCCAAUGAAACAGAAAUGUGUUCCUUUCCAUUAAUAUGUCCUAUAGGUCAAAGUUUUGCUGUGUUUCCAUAACACACAUCCUUUUCUACACAGUCUUAUUGAAAAUACCACUGGGAUACCAUUGGGGUUUGAAGUAACUCUAUGGAAUCAUUAGCAGAGCAGACCACAGAAUUAGAGGCAAUUGCAACACAGUGGAUUUGGAUCCAAUAUUGGUCCUGAUGUUUUCACUGAUAGGGUACUGCAGAGGAUUGUGUGUUGGUUCCAAAAUCUAAAGUUAUAAAUGUAGUGCUAUUCUACCAAGUGCCUACCAUUGUAGCUGCCCUUGUUCUACCAUUGUUUAUUAAUGCAGACAUUGUCAUAUAGCGGAACAACGCAAUGGGCACUGGUAGUGCAAGGGUAUGGAGUCAUUGGUAGAAUGCUAUCACAGUGGUUACGUUUUCAUAUCCUAUCAAUCGUAAUGUUCUGGACCAUCCAAUACACUAGUAGUGCAUUCCAGUACCAUAGUGCCAUUUCAGUAUGAUUUAAAUGGUGCAUUGUGUUCAGCAUACUUCAUUUUCAAAUGGGGCCAGCCCAUCUUUUUAAUUCUUUUGUUUGUAAACUUUAGAUGUAAGUGGCCUGUAUAAAACAUGCAUGGUGUGUCCGAGUAACCUUAGGUGUGUCUAAAUAAGCUUCUUGUCAAACCUUCAUUGACUCAAACAGCUGAGCAAUGGUGAGUGAUGUCCACAUUUAAAUUAGUGUCAAUUUCCCAUUGGUGGGUUUUGAGUUGCUUGGAUCAUCUUUGCUGUGUUUGUAUGACAUGCAACAUUAGCAUUAUUUCAGUGUAUUUAACAUGGUUAAUGCUUCCAAACUCAAUCAGGCGAAAUUUAAAUGUGAUCAUUUUGAGCCGGUAUGUUUCUUGUGAAAAGCACCUGCAAUGUGAUCGACUAGUCUGGGAAUCACUCUACGGUUUGUCAAGCUGAAAAGCCUUUGUGUCGGUGUGAAUGUCACAUAUGUGACACAAAACAAGUUGCUAUUUUGUUAAGUAUCUCUGCUUUACAGCCUCCCUCCACCCUGGAUGUUGUACAAUUUGCAUCCAUUUCUUCAUUUUGGUACCUGCUCUAAAUAGUACCAUGAUGAAUGCAUUAGUCUUUAAGGGUUACUUUAUAGACUAACAAAGAAUGAAUGGUGUGUGCACAACUCCAGGUAGGAUUGAGGCAGGAUCCUACUGUUCAUUAUUUUACAGAAAUCCAGGCUCCCUGUUUGCCAUGCAGAUGGUAAGUGAAUGUACAUGUAAAAGAUGUAUGGGUGGUAAAACAAACUUAAACACUCAAAGCAGAACAUUCCAAUAAUCCACUUAGUUAUCAAAAUCUGUGUAUUAGUAAUCAUUUCAGUGUAAUGUGUGAACUGUCCAGCAGGUGGAGUUGGUGUAAAUACCUAUCAGAAUGGUGGCUUUAAAGUCGUGCUCGGACAUUUUUCAUAUUAUAAUAGUCUUUCAAAAUUCUAAAUUAUAACUUUAUCUUGGUUGUAAAAUCAACCUGAUACCCCAUAAAAUGACCUUUAAAAGAAAGAAACACUCUUCUGCACAGCAGGAUUGUGAUAUUUAUUUCAGAUGAUAUUUAUGCACUGGUGUUCUUAAAUUGUGUUAUUUAAUAAAAUAAGAGCAUAGUCAUUUUUGGCAACAGAAUAUAUGUCAAGCAGUGCUUUUCCAAAGAUUUGAAUAUUUGUCCCUGCAUUAUAUUGAAUUAUGUUCAUGGUAAUACAAUCAUGAAUCUGACGUAUUCCCCUACUUUAAAUAUUACCAGGAACAUGCUAUUGUAAGCUUGUACCUUAUACUUUUCAACAUCUUCAUUGGAACAUCAUGUUAAUUGUACUCUGUGUUGUAGAGGCUUUGCUACCUAAUGCAAUCAUUUUCAAUGUAUUCUUUGCUUCUGACCAGCAGCUGAUCGAAUGUGGCCAGUGCAGAGAUAUCCAGGGUAACACAAAUCACAGCAGAUAAAACAAGUGUCAGUUAUAUGCAGACUUGUAGUCGAGUCAUCAGGGUCAGAGUCAGAGACUUCGAGUCUCGAAUCCAAGUCCAAGUCCUUGAAACAAACUCAAAUCAAUUUCCAUUAAACUAGUGGUAGUAGUGGAGGAACAGUUUACCUAAUGGACGCUGUCUGAUAUCCGUCUGGAAAAAUGCACAAAUAAGAAAAAACAUGAUUUCAAUUUAUUUUUUCUAGCCAGAUUUUUCUAUUCACAUACCUUUUUCAACUUGGCUGUCACUAUCUUCUUUUCUUUUGGAAUUGGAAUUGGAAUACUGUUUGAAUGUACCUGAAGUUUAUAGAUAAGCUUCAAGUUCCAGUUUGUGGACGUUGUUUUUCACUUUGAUAGAAGCUGUGAUCUGGAUUAUAGCAUCUACUUUGACUUCAAUUUGGGUAAAAUCCGCCAAUCUGAUUUAGACAUUGCCGGAACUGUAUAUAUACUGUGUUCUUAAAUAGUACAUUUUUGUAUUAUUUGUUUUGCAAAACAGAUACAUUAUGUUUCACUUUCAUUGCAUUUGCAUUUUUAUUAAGUCUGUAAUACAAUAACGCAUUUACGAGACUGUGCUUCAGUUCAUUUGAUUUUAGAUAACAGUGUAUUUUUUAUCUUUUCUCUUUUACAUAAAAACAUAUUAUAUGUAUUUCCCCUUUGUGUAGGUUCAUAAUGGAAUAAAAAAUGAAGUUCAUACAGAGAUUUCUAGGUAGACGCUGCUUUAUAAUACUGUAUAAUGCAUCCGGUACAUGCUAGAGCUGUGGAAAUGAAAAGCGGACCUCUCGUUUUUCAGGUUGGGUCGGUUUUAUUAUUUUGGACCCAUGAAGACCUCUACUUCAUGGACAAUCUGGUCAUGUGAUGCUUUCCUAUCGUUGACUUUAGAUUCUAGUAUCUCCACCUCGCUCAAUCACAGCAUGUCAUCAGCUCAGCAGGACAGAACUGACUCAUAAAUAAAGUGGCGAAACCUGUUGCAUAAUUAACAGCUUUCAUGAUGUUUCAAUGAAGACCCCAAUCAACUCAGUUUUAUAUAAAAUAAAUGUCAAAGUAGCAAGCCUAAUUAUACAAUUAAAACAGUUUGGCACUAAUGGCUACAUACUGUAUACAAAAUAUUCCCUAACAGAGCUCUCUCAAGCUGUUUUCAAUAGUCUUGUACGAGGUGUGAAAUUGAAGGUGUGCUCCUUCAUUAGUGAGGCCAAGAAAGUUGUAGCAUGUCUAACUGUAUUAAAGAGAGCUCCAAAGUCACUUUUUCAUUCACCUGGUUAUGUGGCUGUUAGAACUGCCGCUAUCCUGAAGUUUAGACAGAAAGUUUCAACAUCCUCCCACGACACUACCUGAAUUAAAUUUGGUUAGUUCCAUCCAUCUAACUUCUAAAUGUUUAAAAUUCACAGAAACAGUUUAAUUCUGGAGAUUCCUUAAAGCAACUUCAGUUUGAUGAUGUUUCUCUAUAGAUAGCUGUAUUUUUUUUAUAUAUAUAUAUAUAUACGCUAAUAUUCAGUACCUGUACCAGAGUUUACCAAGAGAAUACUAAGUUAAAGUCAGAAAUAUAUUCCUAUACAGUGGAGGGAUACGCCUAUGACAUAUUGUGUUAAUUAUAUUGUUUGUAUUAAUAUUUUGAUUGUUAUAUCCAAAUUCACGUUUUAAAAGAGAAUACAGAGCAAGUUAAAGUCAGAAAUAUAUUCAAAUACAGUAGGCGAUUACGCUAUGAUAUAUUGUGUUAAAUAUUUUGUUCGGAUAAUUAAUUUCCUUGCUUAAUAGUCUAUAGAUCGCUGGAGUCCAUUAGAGGCAUUUAAAACUGUUAUGGGAUGUGGUGUAAAGGGGAAUCAGGGGGUCUGUGAAUUGAACUGGAGAAAUGGCAUUUGUUGCUUUGCCGGUCCACAGUUAGUUUAAGUAUAAUUAAUGUGAUCACAAUUCUCUUAUAUAUAUAUAUAUAUAUAUAUAUAUAUAUAUAUAUAUAUAUAUAUAUAUUGUGGUAGCGUGGCGGGCAGUCAAGACUGACUAGCGGCAGGAACAGCAAACACCCACAGACAGAGUUAUUGUUCAGCGCCUUGGCGCACUUUUAUUCUCACCAAAUAAAACAAAACACAGGAACAAAGUAAAUAUUUGAACCAAAAUACUAUAAACCCUUUUACAAACAGAACAAACCAAAAGCCUAUCUUCACUUGAAGAUACUAACUUCACUAUAUUGAAGUCCCUAACUCACACAGGACAGCUAAGCUGUUUCCCUGUCUUAAAUCUAGUUUAUCAAUUAUUUUAAUCACUCUGCACUUACGUUCUCCACAUUCAACACUCCUGCCACCUCCUUCUUACACUAAGAACAAAAGGACAGUUUAUAUAGCACAGAUAAAUGCAAACACUCAGACAAUCAACACCCUAUCUACCCAAUUAGCCAGGUGUUUCCCUUUUCUGGCUGAAUACCAUCAGCCCUAAAGGCUUCUGGGAAAUGUAGUUUCCCCAGCUACUUCGGCCAUGACGCCUAUCAUGAACUACAAGUUUUUCACCUUAACAGGGGAACAUAGAUCUUGUCAGCCUCAGACUGACAUACUUAUUAGCCCUCACUGCCCCACAAUAUAUAUAUAUAUAUAUAUAUAUAUAUAUAUAUAUAUAUAUAUAUAUAUAUAUAAUUCCUGUUUGUAUAAGCAGUUAGCACCCAGCUGUCGUUUUGGAUUUUGGCCAAAAAAUAAAUAUUUGGGAGGUCUGUGUUCAAAAUUAAGUUUCCAUUUAACCCUUAGUGUUUAAGUAAAAGUACUUAAUUGGCAGGUAUUCAGUAAAUCCAUUAAUUAAUGUGUUGAUUUCAAAACAAGAAAUGCUGUCCUCCCUCAUGUUUACAAUUGAGUACCAAUCAAUGCCAAUUAAGUUCUGCAUUGAUUGUUUUAAAAGCCGAUUGGAAGAUUUUUUUUUCCUCCCAUCCGGGGCGCUGGCAUUUCUACUGGUGUACCGAGGCUGUAAACUGGCUUUCCAUGCCAUUCAUUCCGCUCCAAGUAUCACAUUGUUCUUCAGUGAUGCAGACAGCACCAGCUUAAAGAAUGUAAAAAAUGUCUGUUUGUUUGUUUUUUGUGUGCUAAUCCUGACUUCAGUUGUAUGGUUACCCUUUAUUUAGUGCUGUUUAUUAGUCCAUUAACCAAGAACAAAGAAAACGCCAUACAUUGUACUAUAGGCACUGCUGCUGUGAAAUUAUUACGCAACAUAACUGCUUGUAUUUCUGUUACAUGCAAUUUUCUGUUAGCAUGUCUAUCUAUUUUGCUUUUUUGGAGUGCCCUUGGGGGACACAGAAAACAUACAAACCCCAAUAUUUAUCAAAUGUGCGUUUUUAAGUACUGUCCGCACACACACGCAUCUUAGAACUGUUGCACACACACACAUUGAUGCUGAUUUAGCAUUCGCACUUGGAGUCUUCACAGGCACAGUUUUAAGUAAUUGGUGUUAAUGGAAUUUGCAUUUGAACCACCCCCAAAUUACCCAUACAUGGUACGUUUAUCCUUCAUAAAUGCCUGAGAGUGUUUGUAAAGAUAUUCAAAUAUCUAUAAAGAACAGUGGACAGCAAAAAAAUAACAUUUUCUGAUGCAGAUAUACCAUAGUCUUGGUAUGUCAGAAGUUCAUGCAAGGAAAUAUCUAUAGAUAGAUAAAAUAGAUACAAAACAAUAUUCGUGUAUGCACAUUUGAUAGGCCCUGGUAUUUGCAGACAAUACGGGGGCACCCUAUAUCCAAAAUGCUAGCACUGUCCAAACUAUAGUUUUCUAUAUUGGCUGGCAGUUAUUUUAAACACAUUCUCAGCCAAGUAUAGCAGACAGUGUCUGGAGUUUUCAUUGCUACUGGUUGAUGGGUGAAAUCAGAAUGGCAGGGUGUCAGCUAUCAUAAGAAAAGUCAUGGUACCUCCCUUAUAAAAGUCUUGGUACCUCCUUUAUAAAAGUUUCCCAUGGUAAUUUACAGAGUUUCCCUGGUUAUAUUAUUAAUUUACUUUAGUUUACUGUGGUUUGCCAUGUUUUUGAAUAUGCUUUACAGUGGGUUUUACAGUGCUUAGUAAUGCAUUGCCAUGCUUUCUCACUAUACUUUAUUACACUUUGCUGUGCUUUUACUAUGGGGAACUUUUACAAGGGCUACAGAUCCUAAUGAGAAAAAUCUGUGGCAAAUUGAUGUCCUAAAAUGAGUAACAAUCCCAAUUUGUAAAGUGUCAGCUGAUGUGAAAAUUGAACUCAAAAGCUUGUUAAAAAUCAAUAGUGUUAUGAGUGUAAAUACGAUUUAUUUAAAGAAGUACAAAUAAAUACUCAAAACUGUUUUUAUCUAAUAAACCCUUUCCUGAAAAAAACUGUCCAAUGAUCCUUUCUCUUUUCUACCUAUGGAAAGUUUGGCAGCUAUUUGAUAUAGAGGAUUUUAAAAAUAAUAAUAAAUGCUACAGUAAUAUUUUAUUGUUAUUAUGAUGUGGUAACAGCACCCUCUGGUGGACUCUGCUGAAUAUAUCAGUUUGCAGAAUUGUGUUCUAUUGAAAUGAAACUC